AUGUGUUUGAAUGAGCACGGUGAGGCACGCUGUCGGUUUAAAGGGCACUGCAACGUCGGAGACUGCAAGGAAAGGCACCAUUCCCUUCUUCAUCCACCGAGCUCAAGCACACCUCUGUCAACGAACUGCCAUGUGCACGACUCGGAGCAGCAUCCCGUCAUUUUUAGGAUGGUUCCGAUCAAACUGCACCACGAAGGACGCACCUGCAAUGUCAUUGCCUUUUUGGAUGAAGGGUCCUCGUAUUCCCUGAUGGAGAGCAACGUGGCCGAACAACUCAAGCUAAAAGGAGCUUGGGAACCGAUUCUCGUGAAGUGGACAGCUGGGAUGAGUCGGCUUGAACGAAAUUCUCGCCGUGUUGACGUGUCGAUCUCGCCGAGCGGAUCCAACGAGAAACUUCUCCUACGAAAUGUCCACACAGUCCAAGAGCUCCAACUGCCGGAGCAGAAGAUUCGUUUUGCCGAGGUUGCCGCCCGUUUCAAGCACCUUAGUGGGUUACCUGUGGCUGAUUGCUUGGGUGGCUCUCCAAAAAUUCUUAUUGGACUGAAACACCUACACGUGUACGCACCAUUAGAGUCACGAGUCGGCAACGCUGGGGAGCCAAUAGCGGUUCGCACGCGGCUUGGUUGGACAAUAUAUGGCCCUCAAGGUAAUAACGUCACCGGAACCGGGUUUUCUGGGCAUCACACAGCUGUUGAACUAGCAGAUUUGGACCUCCAAGAACUUCUUCGAAAACAUUUCACGCUAGAGGAGUCUGGCUUACUAGUCAAGGUACUCCCAGAAUCUAACGAAGAUCGUCGAGCGAGAAUAAUGCUGGAGCAAACCACCCAGCGCAUCGGAGACCACUUCGAGACCGGCCUUUUGUGGAAAAACGACGACCCUCAAUUGCCGGACAACUACCAAAUGGCGGUAAAGCGACUGAAGAGCCUGGAACGAAAGUUAGGGAAAAAUCCAGAACUGGCGCUGAACGUGGAGAAGCAGAUCGACGAUUAUCAGCGGAAAGGAUACGCCCACAUCGCUACUAGCAGAGAGUUGAAGGAAGCUGAACCGGGUAAGAUCUGGUACCUUCCCUUAAACGUCGUGCUCAACCCCAAAAAGCCGGGAAAAGUCCGGUUGGUCUGGGACGCUGCUGCGGCCGUGCAGGGGAGAUCACUCAACACCGAAUUGUUAAAGGGCCCCGAUCUUCUGUCAAGCCUUCCGUCCGUCAUGUGUCCCUUCCGUGAGCGGCCUGUCGCCUUUGGCGGCGAUAUUGCUGAAAUGUACCACCAGAUACAUAUACGGGCAAGUGACAAGUCGGCACAGAGGUUUUUGUAUCGGACAACUGCUUCUGGACCUCCAACGAUUUUUGUAAUGGAUGUUGCCACCUUCGGCUCAACCAGCUCACCGUGUUCUGCGCAGUAUAUCAAAAAUCGAAAUGCUCAGGAGUACUGCGAAGAAUAUCCAGACGCAGUUGAAGCUAUUGUCGGCAAACACUAUGUCGACGACUAUUUCGACUCCACGUUCACGGUACACGAAGCAGUCAAACGAGCAAAACAGGUCGUUUUCAUCCAUUCAAAAGCUGGAUUCCAUAUGCGAAACUGGGUGUCGAACAGCGCAGAAUUUCUCCGGCAUUUCAACGGGCAACCGGAUAAUCGCAUAAUACACUUCAACUGCGACAAGUCCAACUACACGGAGAGAGUCUUGGGUAUGUCAUGGAACACCCAGGCAGAUGUUUUCGUGUUCGCGGUUGUUAUGCAUGACGACCUGAAACCUUACCUCAUGGAAGAGAAGCUGCCAACGAAACGAAUACUACUGAGAAUCGUCAUGAGCUGCUUCGAUCCCCUCGGUCUGUGGACGUUGUUCACCGUUUUCGGGAAAAUGAUCAUCCAAGAUCUCUGGAGAAACGGGUGUUCGUGGGAUGAUGUUGUCGACGACAAUUCUGCGAAAAAAUGGUUCAAAUGGAUUGAGCUGCUGCCACGUGUUCAGGAGAUGAAGAUUCCACGCUGCUAUUUUCUAGAUACGAAACCUUCCGACUACCAGAAUUUAGAGCUUCACGUGUUUGCAGACGCAAGUGAGGAGGCCUAUGGAUGCGUUGCCUAUUUCCGAGUCCUAGUGAACGGACAACCAAGAGUUGCACUAGUAUCCGCAAAGUCGAAGGUGGCUCCACUACAGUACAUGUCCAUCCCCAGAAUGGAGCUCCUCGCCGCUGUACUUGGUGCUAGAUUAGCUGCUGCAGUCAAAGCUAACCAUUCUGUAGAAGUAAGGACUGUUAUGUUCCAUAUUGACUCCGCAACCGUACUUUCGUGGAUCCAAUCCGAUCAUAGGAAGUACAAACAGUUUGUGGCGUACCGUAUCGGGGACAUUUUGAGCCUCACUAGCCCACAGGAAUGGAACUGGAUCCCAACGAAAUACAACAUAGCCGAGGUGAUUACGAAGUGGGGUAAGCAUGGUCCACCAAUAGAGUCCGAUGGUGAGUGGGUACGCGGUCCUGAAAUACUUCGCAGACCAAAAGAAGAGUGGAUUCAACGACCCCUACCAACUCCAGGCGUUAAGGAAGAGCUGCGAGCGUAUCACUUGUUCCACGAAAUUUCAUUUUCCAAUAACUUGAUCGACACUACCCGAUUUUCGCGCCAUACUAUCCUGGUUCGAAGCAUCGCUUGCGUAUUUCGAUUCAUUUCAAAUUGUCGCAAAAGGGUUAAAGGACAGCCGAUCGAAACUCUUCAAGCUACGCCAAAAUUGGAAAGGUCGAUCAAAAGGGUAUUCCUGUCGAACAAAACUCCGCUAAAACGUGAUGAAUAUCGACUGGCUGAGAACUAUCUGUGGCGAACGGCGCAGCAAGAAGGUUUUGCUGACGAGCGGAAGACAUUACUGAAGAAUAAGGAACUGCCUCAGGUAAAGUGGCACUCCAUAGAACGAUCCAGUGUGCUCUACAAAUUGGCUCCUUUUCUGGACGAAGAAGGGGUGAUUCGUAUGGAAGGCCGCUCGGCGCAUGCAGAAUUCAUCCCAUUCGAACAGCGGUUCCCAAUUGUGCUUCCAAAACCGGGAGACCGUGGUGAAUGA